AUGGGUGAACCGCGGCGGCACUCUUAUACGGCGUCGUCUGAAGCUGAAAAUACGUGCCAGACUUGCAUUGUUAACGUUCGAGAAUUGGUGCAAGCUCGACGGAAGAUUGACGAACUCACUAGGGCCGCUGGUAGGAGCGUCGCUGAGUUGGAGUCUGCUCGGAGUGCUAACGAGCAGUUGAGCGACGAACUGGAUGAGAUGAAGCAGAUCGCGGAGCAGUUAGCCUGGUUAAUGCAGGACGUAUUGUCUGUGCUGGAAGAUGGCUUCAAGCGGAAGGAUAAUUCCACAGCACUCGGGUCUGCACUAUUGUCUUCCCUAGCACCCGUUAAGGGGUUUGGAACCGCUUUGAAGGCGCACUAUGAGCAGUUCGAGAAAGCAGUCGGUGGUGCUGGUGCUGAUACACCAAAAUCUCCUAAGGAGCGUGUCUCUGGGGAUUCGGGCGCUCUCGCGGUUGAGGCCCCUCGGAAGAACCCAGAAUUCUCCACUUUGGUGGGGUCCGUGCUCGGAGGUUCCCAGGAUCACUCAUACCACUCUUCUGUGAGUUCUCAAAGUGAGGACUACCAGCCCUCUACUACGGCUGAGUCGAGGCUUCCCAUAAUACCUAGCCCUACGGGUAUCAUUGCUGCAAUUGGCGUCCCCUCUAACGAGGAGGGACGAGUCAGCAAACCAGAGACCACCGAGGGUGAAGACUUGAAUUCUUUCCUCGAGAAUUUAAGGCGGAAAUCUUCCCAAGACCAAGCGCCGAGACCAGUGUUCGCUGAGGAAGGCCAUGAACGAGAUCACGAAAAUGUCGUUGAACAGCUCCCUGUUCCUUCCCUUCCUGCGUGCCAUCGCUUCAAUGGUGCCGAUAAGGUUGUAUCUGAUGAUGAGUCAUCUCUCAACUCUCGUUUGAUUGACGCGAUGUAUAACGCCGAGUUCAACAAGAAGAAGUUGGCAGAAAUUUCUUGUGAGGGCUCUGACGACACGGCGUCGGAGUCGACACAGGCCUCCCUAUCGAACGAUCGGACGAAAAAAGUUUAUUUCGAUGAACAAGUUAAAUUUCGUUUCCCGAACUUUCCAUCCAAGCGAACUGGUGACACUCUUGUCGAUGUCGAACUGCACAAUGACCUCAAGUGCUUCGAUGGUCGAAGCCUCUAUGCCCUGGCAGGAGGGUGUAGUAGGCUGUGGGAUAAUCCAUCUCGACUCACGCUGGAUAAGAUGGUCAGUUGGAUGGCCACCUCUACCUCGGAGGUCUUCCCUCAUCGUCAACGAAGCCUGUCGUACCUAUCUUUUGAGGAUAUGCUACGUCAGGGGUAUAUCCUCUAG